UUUAGGGGCCAAUUUGACACAGUUGUGUUGUGAACCAGUGGGCAGGCCAAGGCCCAGACAUAUCGAAGGAAGGAAACCUAGGGUUCCCCCUUCUGCCGACUGUGCUUGCAGUGAAGAGCCGUUGGUCUCUCAGCCGAAGGCAGUUAUCCCCGUCGUACUCGCUGCUCUCGCCGCCUCGCCCCUCUCGCUGCCUCGCCGUCUCAGAGAGAGAGAGAGAGGUUUCUUCUUCUUAUUCAAUCCGUCCACUCUGCACAUUGGUAUGGCGAAUUCCGACACUAGCGAUAUCGAGAAGCCUAAGACAAAGCAUAAGGGAAAGCAUGACAAGCCUAAACCAUGGGAUGAAGACCCCAACAUCGACCACUGGAAGAUUCAGAAGUUUGAUCCUUCCUGGAAUGAUACUGGCAUGCUCGAAGUCAGCUCCUUCUCUACCCUUUUCCCUCAGUAUAGAGAAAAAUACUUGCAAGAAGCUUGGCCUAUUGUGAAAAGUGCUCUAAAGGAGUAUGGGGUUUCAUGUGAGUUGAAUUUGGUUGAGGGUUCUAUGACAGUUUCAACAACUAGAAAGACGAAGGAUCCCUAUAUUAUCAUCAAGGCUAGGGAUCUCAUUAAACUUUUGUCAAGAAGUGUUCCUGCACCUCAGGCAAUCAAGAUUCUGAAUGAUGAAAUGCAAUGCGACAUUAUCAAGAUUGGUAAUUUAGUUCGUAACAAGGAACGGUUUGUCAAACGAAGACAGCAUCUUGUAGGACCAAACUCUUCUACCCUAAAGGCUCUGGAGAUUUUGACAGGUUGUUAUAUUCUCGUCCAGGGAAGCACAGUUGCAGCUAUGGGUUCGUUUAAAGGCUUGAAACAAGUUAGAAGGAUUGUGGAGGACUGCAUUCUGAAUAAAAUGCAUCCAGUAUACCACAUCAAGAUCCUCAUGUUGAAGAAGGAGCUUGCGAAAGAUCCUGCACUUGCAAAUGAGAACUGGGACAGGUUUCUUCCAAAGUUCAAGAAAAAAAAUGUUAAGCAAAAGAAAGUAAAGAGCAAAGAGAAGAAAUCAUAUGCGCCUUUCCCUCCUCCACAGCAACCUAGCAAGAUUGAUCUGCAACUGGAAAGUGGUGAAUACUUCUUAAGUGACAAAAAGAAGUCGGUGAAGAAGUGGCAAGAAAAACAGGAGAAACAGGCAGAGAAGGCAGCUGAAAACAAAAGAAAAAGGGAAGAAGCAUUUAUUCCUCCAAAGGAACCCGUAAAGCAAGAUGAUGGCACAUCUAAGGACGACAAGAAUGAUCUGGCCGCCAUGGCAAUGUCUUUAAAGAAAAAGGCAAAGGAUUUCAGAAAGCAAAAAUCUUUGGAGAACAUUGAUGCCCAGAAAUUUAUUGCUUCUGCAGACAUGCCUUCAAAGAAGAAGUCGAAGCCAUCGACAACUUGGGUUAAUCGAUGAAUGCUUCCACAAAAAUGGUCCCAUUGCAUGGGAUGCUCUGUUGUAAUUAUGGUCUUUCAGUUGACCUUAUUUAGUCGGUUAAUGGUGGUGCUAAGUUCUGCCCCAUUUGGUCUGUUCUUGCUUAAUGAGGUUUUGGUUUUGGCUCUCAUUUAGUGUUGAAUUUUUAGUCUUUGGAGUUUUGAUACUGUGGUGGAUGAGAAAUCCCAGGAAACAAUUUUCUUUUAAUUAAGAUUUGUGUUUGGAUGUAGUUAAGUCAAUUCAUUUAAAAUUUGAAUUUCUAAA